UGUACCACAAGGAUCUGUUUUGGGACCAUUGCUUUUUGUUAUCUUUAUAAAUGAGCUAGAGGAAGGACUUGAAAGCUGGGGUGAUCGAGGCACUAUGUCUAGCUCUGUCAGUAACCAGACAGGCCUGGUGAAUGUCACCAGCUGUGUAACCCCGACACUGACUCUCAAUCUGCGCUCAUCACACAACGAGCUGCUUAAUGCCGACAUCAAGAGAUCGACACCACCCAAAGGCCGUAAGGUUUAUGCUUCUACUGACCUUCAGACUGCUAUGGGACUGGCUGAUGAGACUGCCAACAGCAAGUGGCUGAAGGACGGACGAAACCAGAUGCGCAAGGCUGCUGAGAACGAGAGGAAAGACCAGAAUUGGAACGUCACCUUGAGAACAGAAGAGACUGAGAGCUCUGCAAAGAAGGAGCAGCCAGAAUCGGCAGACAAGGAGCAAGCAGUGAACCAGGCUGUUUCCCAAAGUAAAGGCUUUCUCAGUUACUACAUGGGCCUGGAACUUUCCCUCAACGCAUGUGGUGGGAAUUCUGACAAAGGACAGCCAUUGGUCAUCCAGUUGGAUCAGGGAGAAUUUGAGGCAUGUGAGUCAGAUUCAGCAAGUCAACCCUCUGAAAUCCGGUCAGGCUCCAAGACACAUGGAGAGCAGCCAGUGGAAGAUGAAAAGGCCGGACUGACCAACCCAUUGGACGCACCGAGUGACCAUCGGAAAAGCUCGUGUCUCUUAUUUGGAAUGAAAAAUACUGCAGCUAGUGACGAGGAUUCGAGCUGGACCAGCCUUUCCCAAGGCAGUGCUUCUUGGAGUUCCCCUGACGAUAUAGAUCCUAUCUGGAAUCGGAAUUCAUUUGAGACAGAUGCAGACCUGCCCUCUGGCUGGAUGCGAGUACGAGACACCUCGGGGACAUAUUACUGGCACAUUCCCACAGGAACAACUCAGUGGGAACCACCACCUCCUGCCUGUGACCAGGAAUCAGGAUCUCGGAAACCUUCUGCCAUGUCACAGUGUACAACUCCCUUGGAGGAUCCACAGCUGACUUGGACUGGUUUAACUGUGGGUGAGAAGUAUGAUGGAGUCGACAUAUGGAAGGAGAUCCAAACCACAACUGAGACCUCAGAUACAAGUCUGAAAGAAUUUGAGGGGGCUACACUAAGAUACGCAUCUUUGAAUCUGGGAGGUCAAACGGAAGAGGAUAAUUACAAAAAUAUCCUAAAUACUGAUGAUGAGUCAAAGUGUUUUUCCGUCCGCUCCCUUGGUUGGGUGGAGAUGUUGGAGGAGGACCUUGCUCCAGGAAAGAGCAGCAUUGCCGUCAACAACUGUAUACGACAGCUGUCCUACCACAAGAACAACCUGCGUGAUGCUGCGGGCACCUGGGGGGAGGGUAAAGACAUGCUGCUCCUGCUUGAGGAUGACACACUAAACCUCAUCGAUCCCCUGGGCCAGAAUCUGCUGCAUACGCAACCGAUUGUCAGCAUCCGGGUAUGGGGUGUCGGCCGGGACAGUGGGCGGGAUUUUGCCUAUGUCGCCAGAGACAAACUGACACGUGUAUUGAAAUGUCACGUAUUCCGCUGUGACAUGCCAGCAAAGGCCAUUGCCACCAGAUUGCAUGAAAUCUGCUCAAAGAUCAUGGCUGACAGGAAAGAUACGAAGACCUCAAUGAACGGGAUCCUAUUUGACCAUUCAAAGCUUGUUGAUGUCCCAUUCCAAGUGGAGUUUCCAGUGCCCAAGAGUGAACUUGUUCAAAGAUUCCAGGUGUUGUACUUGGGAAAUAUUGCAGUGACCAAGCCUGUAGACACUAGGCACCUCUGGAGAGCAGGGAUGCUGGGAGCCAGUCGUGGGUCAGGGAUGCAGAGAUCAGGUAUGGAUGUGAUAAACAGUGCGCUGGAGAACACUAUCCAGAGCAGCCACAAGCAGAACUGGACUCCAGUCAUCGUCAAUGUAGCUUCAGCGACUCUCACUAUUAUCAAUGAGGAGAGUGAAGAGGUUCUGUCAGAAUGCCGAGUGCGUUUCCUCUCCUUUAUGGGUGUUGGCCGAGAUGUCCAUUCCUUUGCCUUCAUCAUGGCUGCUGGUCCUGAUCAGUUUGAUUGUCACAUGUUCUGGUGUGAGCCCAAUGCUGCUGGUCUAUCAGAGGCUGUGCAGGCAGCAUGCAUGCUGCGAUAUCAGAAAUGUUUAGAUGCUCGGCCGCCUGGACUCGGAAACUCGCUGACUGUGCCGUGUGCAGAUUCUGUUGCCAGGAGAGUCGGUUCCAGUGUUAAAAAAGGCGUUCAGACUCUCCUGGGCUCCUUCAAACCCAAACGCUCUGGAUCCCAGACUCCCUAACAGCUCCAAGGAUCAGAUUGGACCUGCACUUUCAGGACUCUUUCCUCUUUAAUAACAAACUGCCAACAAGAACAAUUCAAAUCCAUGUGCCAGUGAGUAAAGCCCACAACCAAAACUUCUCUCUCUUUCUCUGCUUCCCCCUCUUUGUCUCCCCCGGUCCCAUCACAUCUCUCUCUACAAUCUGUCUCUACACUCCCCACAACUCUCUCCCCAUCCUGUAUCUCCCCAAACUGUUUUGUGUCUUCCCCUGUCCUCUGGCAUCUCCUCCUCUCCUCUCACAUCUCUCCACCCAGUGACAGCCCCCCACCCCCACCCCAGCUCGCUCCAUUCCUCCUCUCCUCUCUCUUAACAAGCUGUGACAGGACACCAGCAGUUGUCUGGUGACUGUCUCUCCAGGAUCCAGCAUCUCCCCAGGUAAGGGGCCCCUGUGUGGGGACCAUUACUGAUUUUGGAGCUAAGUACCAGUGAAACCUGAUACUUCUAAAAAUGUUGGAUCCUAAGUUAAUAUUUUGAUUUGUAAAAUAUUGAGGGUUUAGAUAUUUAAGGGCUGGACCUUUAGCCGGAAAGCAGUGACAGACCUGGGGUAGCAGAGCAUUUCCAGGGCUUGGGUCUGAGGCCAGAAAGCGGCGAUGGACCUCAUUCUCCCAAGAGUUUGAAAAACCCACAGAAUUCCUCCUUUCAAGCAGGAAGUGGAAUUUGAUGUGCCUUUUUUUGUUGGAAUGUACAGUUCAUCAUGACAACGCUACAGAAUGUUCCUGAACAACACUACACUGAUCCUAGCAACCGGAAACAGUAUCUUUCAUCAUAGCAGCACUACAGCAUCUCCCAUGGCAACGAGUCUCUGCUCCCCACACCUCCAGGUGUUGAUGCCCAGUAUUUUUGCAGUGAUCAAUCUGCCUGUGUGUCUCUCUCUCUCUCGCUCUCUCGCUCUCUCUCUCUCUCUGCUUUUCUUGCUGUUGCACGACUGCUCAGACCUGAUGGCGAACUGGUCGGUCCCAGGAACCUUUCUGCUGGCCUGACCAUGGCUGGAAUUAGAUCAUUCGAGGAAAGCAGUCCAGGAUCAGGAAACCAUGGCAAUUAUAUUCCCUGUGUACCUGUCUGAGUCUGAGAUGGAUCUGCGCCUAGACACUAAAGUACUGGUCAUUUCCAAUCACUAGGUCUAUGCCCCAGGUACCAGGUUUGCUGUGAAUUGCGAUGGGUGUGAUGGCGACUUUUAUUGCUUCCACAGUAAUCCCACCAUAUGCAGACUGUGGGUGUGAUUCUGAGUCUUGCCCAUUACUAAACUAGAAUCAUACCCAAAAUCCAGUUGUGGAUUUGUAUGUUUUGAACGGACAAGCAGUGACUAUGGACCUAUGUUAUCGCACUGGUAAGCUGAUCGUGCCUCUUACUGAUCUUGUGUUUAAUAUGUCCCCUCUGCACACUCAAAAUAUUUAAUUUAAACAAGGAUGGAAAUGAAGCAGUGUCAACAAGGCCAACUCGAGGUGACCCAGGAGUAGGGACAUAGUAUGGCACUGAGUGUUCAGGAAACUCCUGCAGCCAGGGCUUUCUCAAGCAACAGUGCCCCUUAGCUCAGCCCUCUCAGUGAUGGCUGAUUAAUGAUGUUGAUUCAGUCAAUUUCUGCCUGCCCAGCACCAUCCCCUUCCUCCCCUGUGACUUAAGCUCAAAAAUGUGACUCCUGUAAAGUAUUUUGAUUGUUGGUUUGCAUUAUUAUUGACAUCCUGUACCUGUAUUUAAUGUGCAAACAUUAAUAAUGAGAAGUGAUUACCGUGAGCAUUAUAAGGGGGCGAUGAAUGUCCAUGUGGUACUAGCCUCUUAUACUAAUUCACAACAGCUGCUGGAUGCACUACACUUCUGAACUUACACACACUCACAAAAACUAUGACUGCCCUUAAAUGUUGGAGAGCUGGGGGAGUGACUUGUUUCACAUUGACCCUCAGGCUCUCUGUGUUGAAUAAUAGAUUCCUUGAGUAACUUCACAUUAAUUCUCAAUGCAGAAUUGUACGAAAAAACGUUGGAGCUUAACCUGUGUGUUAUUGUGAAUUAACAAAAUAAACGUCACAGUGU